AUGUUAGGAUGGCUAAUCACUCAUUCGAGAACUCUCGGUGCUUCCCCCAGCAUGGGAGGGGCACAGUCGAAACCAAAGCAAAAAGAAAGCGAAAUAACUGCUUCUAAAAACCAAUUAGAGCCGAAAACAGAUCAGAAGCAGCCCGGAUUGGAUCACAAAGACAUAGCACCAUCAGACCAGAAGCAGCCCGUAUUAGAUCACAAAGAAGUAGCUUCAUUAGAUCAGAAACAGCCGGAAUCAGAUCACAAAGACGUAGCACCAUCAGAUCAAAAGUUCGAGUCGGACCACAAACACAAAGAUUCAUCAGAUAAACACCAACCACUCCCUGAAACAAUCGCUCAGUCAGCAUCUGGAACUGAAUUAGCUUGUGAGGUAUAUAUCCCGAAAUUUAGAGCUGGAUUUGUACCUCAAGUUAUCAUAGGAAACACGCCAACUGAAAACGUUCACACCGCAAUUGAAGCCUCUCCAACUUUAAUAAAGGAAAUCGCCCAACAGGUUCAAAGUUUUAUUAAAAAUUAUAAUGAGGUUUGA